CGUCGCACGGGCGGAAAGGAGAGAGAGCGGCAUUGUAGUUGUGGCUUGUUGUGUGGGGGAGAGGAGUAAAUACGGAAACGAAGCCGCUUGCUUUCGGUUUCCUUCCUUCCUUUCACCACCUCCCUCCCUCCCCCCAUUUCCUUGGAUUUUGCGGGGUUUCCUCUUCCUCCACGCUCGAAUCCAACGAGAAGGGGGGAAAGCACGGAACCCUAGGUAGGCACGCGCUCCCUUUCGUGCUGCCGCUGCUUGCCAUCGCGGCUGCAUCGUCGUCCCCCCCGGCCCGAUCCGCGGCCCACCCCCGAGAGGCGAGGUUAUACUAGAUUCUCCACCUGAUAAGCUCUGCAGAUCGUUUUAAAGACGUUUGGUGUUGCCAAUAGUUUGCCAAGUGAAAUCAUCAUGAAACCUGACUGGUCAAUUAAACUCCCAAUAGAUUCUCCAAUCUCUCAUGAUAUUGGACUAGGACUGAUAGCACAUUUCGGAACCUUAGUCGAGAGUUCCUUUCAGCAUCCCAGGCAUAUAUGUUCUACAGGGAAUGGAGCAGUUCAGGAAACAUUCAGUUGCUUCAACAAGUUUGCUGGUGCUUUCUAUUUCUGGCUUUCCAGAGCAUCAAAUCCCAAGAUUUUCCACAGGUUGUCAGCUAUUGCAGUUUCAAGUUCUAGAGCCUGCCGUUCGCAAAUAAAGCAAGUGACCUCCUGCAUGCAGCAUUUGGCUGGAGUGCGGUUUGGUUCUCAAGUAAGAGAAGAGCAUGCUAUACAAAUGCUUUUAGCAAGGCUUGCUAACGCAACUUUUGGGCGAUUACGGAACGAGGUGGAGGAGCGCCAUGCCUGUAACAUUCUUAUGUUAGCUGCGGCUACUGUAAUACCACCAUUUGAAAACAUAUCGCCGAAGAUGCUUGCAGACUCAAUGGCAUUGGGACGAGAUGGUGGUCAUACUAGACAGCCACAAGAUCGACAUCCUUUGGAGGAAACACGUUCAGGCUGUGCUUGUGUUGCUGUGCCAAGAAUAGUCUUACCAGGAGACGCGACUGAACCAAAAACUGGGAUAAAGUUCCCUACUCUUCUUGAGGAUAAUUCCAAUCCAACUGCAGAGGUUCUUGUUGGGAUGGGUUUCAGAAGCAUGCGAAUAAUGAGGGUCAAAAACUUGAACCUCUAUGCCUUUGGAUUAUAUAUACAGCCAGAUUCUAUUUGCAAAAGGCUGGGCCCGAAGUAUGCUUCUGUUCCAGAGUCUGAACUGAAGGACCACCCAGAUUUCUAUGAAGAUCUUUUGAGAGAAAAUAUUCAUAUGACAGUCAGGCUGGUAGUUAGCUACAAUGGUCUUAGCAUUGGCACAGUGCGAGAUGCAUUUGAGAAGUCCCUUUGCUUCCGAUUACAAAAGAUGAAUCCUAAUACUGACUAUCAUUGCUUGAAGACGUUCGGUUCUUAUUUUAGUGAAGAUAUCUGUAUACCUGCAGGCACAAAGAUUGACUUCCGGCAAACCUCUGAUGGCCAGCUCAUAACUGAAAUUGAUGGCAAACAAAUUGGUGCUGUUCGGAGCAAAGAUCUUUGCAGGGCUUUCUUCGAUAUGUAUAUUGGUGAUCCACCUGUUUCGUUGGAGACCAAACAAGACAUUGCACAGAAUGUGGGUGGACUCAUUAGAAGAUGCUAUUGAAAGUCAGCAUUAAAUGACAGACUGGUCACAAUUACUUCAUUCUUCGAUACAAGGAUACAUGGGAAGGGGGGAGCAUAUACAGACAGGAAUAGGAGAGGAUGAACUUUGGACUGUAUGUAUAGUAAUAGAUCUGUAACUUGUAAACUAAAAAGAGCCUUAGCAUCUUUCUCCUGAGCAAAUUGCCUCCAUGCUUUUCUUAUGGAUUGGCUUUGGCUAUUUCCUGUGUCAUGUGCAACGAUUGCUAGAAUGUAAAAUAAUGCUUCUUUCCCAGCUUUCGUAGUGUAGAUUAAUCCUUACUAGUGCUAUUUCAAUAAUCUGCCAUUCUAGGUUAGUACUGUUCAAUACAAAUUGUGUACCUCCAUAUAACUAUGUCGAUGAGAUUAAACAGCAAGAAUUGUUCUUUUGCUUGAACAUCUCGGUUGAAGAAAGAACAUUAGUUUCG